GAAAAUUUUACCCUACACUAUGGGUAUUCUUUCCAUCUGAACAAACUGAUCGGAAUCACUUGAGUUUGUUCAGAUCAGAGGUUCAGAUCGAAACAAUACCUGGAUUAUGACCCAAUUGAAAUACCUAUACAUAUUGACUGGUAAAAAUAUGCCAAUGCUGACAAUAACAGAUCAUGACAAAUCAACGCCGCAUGAAAGAGCCGGAAAUUAUGAAGGGGCUAGAUAAAAACUUACAGCUUUACGCCCGCGCAAAUGCUCCUUGUAGGGACUACUAUGGACUCACCAUUACCGAAUCCAAUUUGAUACUUAAUGUCUGGAGAGUCAGUUAUGGUCCCCAUAUAUGGCCAAAACAAAAACACUGUAUUUUUGAUGAAUUUAAGACGCACAAGAUGUUUCAAGAGGAAGUAAAACUUGUUUUUGGAGAAGGUGUAUUUGAUUAUCUCACAGGACUGACCACAGGACAAAAGAAACUGGAAAAUUUGCCGAGAAAACUAUUCUUGCGAUUAUUCUGGUUUCUUGGUAUUGAUGAUGUGUUUAAUUUAAUGUCCUGCUCAAAAAUAAUUUAUGAGCUCUGCAAUCAAGAAGAUGCCUGGCGAAUCGUUUUUAUUAAAAAAUUUGGAAGAGCACCGUCUAGGGAAGAAAAUGUGCUCGCAAUGAAUAUGUCUUGGAAAGACAUUUUCAAAAAACGUCUAGAUUAUGUAAGAAAAGCUCUAAAGAACACAAACGAAAAUACAAUGAAGAAAAAGCGGGAAACAAAGAAGAGCAUUCGGAAGUGAUAAUCUAUGAUAAUGAUAUUUUCUAUUUAUUUUUUCUAUCA